UGUUUAAUUGUUAUGUGAAACUGCUAAGAAGUAUUUUAGAGAGAGAGAGGGAGAGAGAGGGAGAGAGAGGGUGCACGGGGAAGCGGUGGGAGAGCAGCCGGAGAGACGGACGGAGGCGAGUGGAGUCGGCAGACAUUAGCAGAGCCCUAAAUACCUACCACACGAAAAGCCCAUGGCAACGAUCGUCUUCGGCCACUGAAGCUACCACACGAAAAUCCCAUGGCAACGAGAUCCAGCAGAGCCCUAGCCCCUAUUGGCGAAGCUUCAUGCUUUUCCCGACGCGAUCCUUCCUGAUUCUCUACUCUUUCAGCCCUAAUACUUCCGUACGCUUGCGGCAUGGCUGGAGAGAAGUGGCUCUUUCCCAUCAUCUCCGUCUCCUUCGUUACUGUUCUACUCAUCCUGUCCGCCAUCUCCGGCUUCACGGCAUCAUCUGCCUUCUUUUCCCGCCAGCCGGACCCCAUCUAUGUCCUACACGGGCCGCGCCACCCCCCGGCGUUCGCGUAUUACAUAUCUGGAUCCCGGGGAGACGGCCCCCGGAUGCUCCGGCUAUUGCUCGCCAUCUACCACCCGAGGAACCGCUACCUUCUCCACCUCUCACAUGAUGCGUCCGAAGCCGAGCGUAUCGCGCUGGCAUCGGCGACAAAGCUGGCGGUUCCGGCGGCUAGAGCGUUUGGGAACGUUGACGUGGUGGGGAAAGCGGGCGCGAUGACGUACAUGGGGCCUUCGGGGCUUGCGGCGACACUGCAUGCGGCUGCAGUGCUUCUGCGGUUGGAUAAAGGGUGGGAUUGGUUCGUGACACUUAGUGCUGAAGAUUAUCCACUCGUCACUCAGGAUGAUUUGAUCCAUGUUUUCUCCUCUAUGCCAAGAGAUCUUAACUUUAUAGAUCACACAAGCGACCUUGGUUGGAAAGAGUCUCAGAGGGUGCAUCCAAUAAUAGUUGAUGCGGGCAUUUACUUGUCGAAAAGAUCUCAAUACUUCCAGGCUUCUGAGAAGCGCAAGACCCCCGAGUCUUUCAAAUUCUUCACAGGUUCCCCAUGGGUAAUUCUCAGCCGAUCCUUCAUAGAGCACUGCAUUUUAGGUUGGGAUAAUCUUCCCAGAACGCUUCUUUUAUACUUCACAAACGUGCUCUUAUCCCAAGAAGCCUACUUCCACUCGACUAUCUGCAACUCCAUCGACUUCCAGAAUAAGACAGUGAACAAUGACCUCAGAUACAAGGAAUGGGACAAUCCCCCCCAGAUGGAGCCUCUAUUUCUAAACGAUACCAAUUUUGAUAAAAUGGUGGACAGUGGGCUGCCAUUUUCAAGGAAGUUUCGCGAGGAUGAUGUUGUGCUCGAUAGUAUCGACAAACAAAUACUCGAUCGAAAAUACCAUCGGGUGACUCCAGGUGCAUGGUGCUCUGCAAAGAGAGGCUGGUGGUCUGAUCCUUGCUCGCAAUGGAAGAAUGUUAAUUUGGUCAGGCCUGGAGCACAGGCUGAGAAAUUUGGGGAUUUUAUGAAGAGACUGCUGGAGGAAUGGAGUUCUGGAUCAAACUCAUGUAGGUUAUAGAGAUAACAUACAAGACAUACUGCUUAAGAAAGCAGCUGUUUCUGCUUCUAGCGAUGUCUGUCUUUAGCCUUUUUUUUUUCAUUAUUUUUUCUUGGAUUCAGCGUAGAAGGGGGUGAUACUAAGGUAUGAUUCUUUUGUCGCACAGUUGGGCUGGUUUAGCCACAGUUUGUUAUUGUAAGAUUAUUUCAUAGGUUUAUUAUGGUACGUUUAUCAUCUUUCGAGUUCUUUUAUGUAAAUGUGUAAAUUAACAAGCA